UCUACUAUAAGGAUUAUAUGGUGAUAAUCAUUGGAAAGCAGUGACGUUUCUGAAACUACAAUGGUUUAAAGACUUCACAGACAUUUUAUGCCUUGUAAGAAAUUAAACAAUGCCAUGGACGAAGAAAAACGAAGAUUAUUUACGUGCAUACUGAAUUUUAUUAAAAAUUGACUAUAUUUCUGUGUGUGUUUUCAAAGCAUAUUAUUCUGUUUGAGAAUUCCCUAAAACAACUCAAAGGAUAGACUUUUUCGUAAGAAGCUUCUUUGCAGGCAAUGUCUACUAGCUCCAGUUCAGGGGGAGGGGAGUAGGAGGUUCUUGGUGGUUGUUUAAAUAGAACAGCUGUGAGAGAAAUGUGUAGUUACGCUUUUCUUGGUGUUGACAAGGGUGGGAGGUACUUUACUAAAGAGCCUGCGUGGAGUCUAUUAUACAGUAUCAGUGCAACACGGGAUUGUUGUAUAAGGUAGUAAAGCUACACUUUGAUCGCGUUUAUCUCAUUUCUCGGGUUUCUGUCACUUCGGCUUCUAUCCUUGUGUUUUAAAGCGCUUAAUGGAAGAGCCGCUGUUAAAAGUUGAAAACAAUUGUAGAGCGCUUUUGUGAUUUUUUUAAGUCCUGUAAAGUUCGCCAACUAAGUCAGUUUUUGCGUGCAUAGGUUCGGUAUACAUUAAGUGGAUACAUUGCUAUACAAAGUAUCUCCCUGGGAACAUUGGUGUUUUCUGCACUCCGACAAUUAUUUGUAGUACAUCUGUGUCCAGUGUAGGUGCUCACCGUUUGUGUUGCUUCUUGUCUUUUUUGUUUCUGAAUUCCAGUCUCUGUAGCUUGCGAUAAUGAACAUUUUCCUUGAGUUUUUCGUGGUCCUUUUAAAAGUUCUUAUGGCAUUCAUGGUGGCCGCUCUCCGGUGGUUCGUUCGUCCAAAAGAGAAGAGUGUGGUCGGUCAGGUGUGUCUGAUUACUGGUGCUGGUAGUGGCCUCGGCCGCCUCUUUGCGCUGGAGUUCGCCCGGCGGCGUGCACUGUUGGUAUUGCUGGACAUUAAUACCCAGAGUAACGAAGAGACAGCUGACAUGGUGCGCCAGAUCUACCGGGAGCUGGAAGCGGCAGAGGCAGAGAAAACUCCUGGUGAUGGAGUGGAAGAGGUUCCUCUGUGCAGACUUCAAGUUUACACUUACACAUGCGAUGUGGGAAAACGGGAGGAUGUUUAUGCUACUGCAGAGCGGAUCCAGAAGGAAAUUGGGGAUGUGGAUGUCUUGGUCAAUAACGCUGGUGUGGUCUCUGGAUAUCCUCUCCUGGAAUGUCCUGACGAGCUCAUAGAAAGGACAAUGAUGGUCAACUGCCAUGCGCAUUUCUGGACCACAAAGGCUUUUCUUCCUAAAAUGCUGGAGAUGAAUCAUGGUCACAUUGUAACUGUUUCAAGUUCCUUGGGAUUGUUCAGCACUGCUGGAGUAGAGGAUUAUUGUGCAAGUAAAUAUGGUGCUGUGGGGUUCCAUGAGUCACUAAGCCAUGAACUGAAAGCUGCUGAAAAGGAUGGUGUAAGCAUGACGCUGGUUUGCCCAUACCUGCUGGAUACUGGCAUGUUCAAGGGAUGUAGAAUUAGGAAAGAAAUUGAACCUUUUCUGCCACCUCUGAAGGCAGACUACUGUGUGAAGCAAGCAAUGAGUGCUAUACUCACUAAUCAGCCCAUGGUCUGUACUCCGCGUUUGAUGUAUAUAGUGACGUUAAUGAAAAGUGUCUUGCCUUUUGAUGCUGUUGUCUGUAUGUACCGGUUUUUAGGAGCAGACAAGUGUAUGUAUCCAUUUAUCGCUGAGCGGAAGCAAGCAAUGAACAACAAUGAAACUAAAAAUGGAAUUUAGAAUGUGGACUUCUAGCCUGAGCAUCAUUGUGGUGUACUUGAGUUAACAUGAACAUAACUCUGCAAACAUUUUGAAACAUAGUAUUCAACUUCAGUGACUGAAUUGAGUGUUGCACUUCUCGGAUACAAAAUGGUUUUAGUUUACCGUGGCAUUCUGCAGGAUAAAUAAACCUGUGUACUGAAGGGGGGUUCAGCUUGUUGACUUAAGUAUUUUGGAAAAUAAUGCACCGUUAAUUAGAGCAAGCAUCCUUUAGUGUCAUUGUCACUGUAUGUACAAUCUAGUCACUUUUUUUCCCUUGUCUUAGAGUUGCACUGUGGUAUUUUUCUUCAUGCAGUCUUUAUUUUGAAAACCAGUAUACAUUUUCUGAGAUUAGAGAUUUUUUUUUUCUUUGGAAUUGGUUUCAACUUGGAAAUUUUGUAUAACAUGGAUCCGUUCUGGGUACUGUGUAACACAGUGAUCUUGCUGCUGGUGUUGCUGCACUUGUUUGUUUUUAAUAUUAUUGGUGCUUUUAAACACUUACUAGCAGCUUAACCUUUUUAAUGUAAAAAUCAGUGUAGCUUGUUCUGUAACUUUAUUACCCGUUUUGAAAACGUGUACUAAAGAAAUGGACAGACUGUUUUCAGUUUUAUUUCACUUAAAACACAAGCUUCUAAGUGGAGCAAUGAAAGACACAUUUUUGUGCAAAUUUCUCCUAUUCAUGGGAGAGGAACCUAAUAAGUUGUGAUCACCCCUGUGCUGGAUUUCUGCAGUGUGGAAAGAAAUAUUCAAGGCACAGGCAGAUCUGACGAAAGGUAUGCAGUAUACCUUAGCACUACAAAUAACUAAGUAGAUAAAGUGGAAAACACAAGCCACAGUGUUCACAAAAUACUGUGGCAAACAUUGUUAUUCUAACAAAGCUGUAUCGGCUGUUACAUGGAGAAGUCUCCUUAGCUGCAUUUGGAGCUACGCUACUUUCUGCAGUAGUGUACAGCAUAUUUGUAGCAGGUGCGGACACAUUUUAGGAUACAAAUUUGCACAGCCCUGCAGUCAUUCUGUUGCAGUUCUACAGCUGGACCAUUCUCCUUUAUAAUGUAGGUCAGAGGUGAAGUAAAUUUGAGUGAAACCAUUUACCCUGGCAUCCAUGAUUGCUAUGUUUGGUCUAAAGUUGUAAAUUUAGUGCCACUAGAUUGGGGUAUAUUAAGUACUGUAGUGAAGUAAAACAAAGAAAUUCAAGGACUAAUUUGUCAUGCUGAUUGCCUCACUUACCGGUGGUGAAGCAACACUAAGAACAGAAGAUGCUGGCAACUGUACAAAGAUGCGAGGGGGAAUGAAUACUGAGUGGGUGGUUUGACUUGAAUGUUAAACAUGUCAGAAUGCGUACAAUAUUUUUAAGAAAUAUUUGGAAAGGAAGCAGCUACUAUAUUUAGAUUACUAAAAUGUCAUUUCUUAGUACUGGACUAUUUCUUCAAAGAAAACCAUUUUUUGGUUGUGCCAUGCUUCCUGUGAGAAUUUUUCCAGCCACAUAAGUGGACAUCCUGUUUGGCUAUUCUUUAAACUGAUCAAAUCAUCCUUUGCAUCUUAUUUCUGAGGAGCAAAACACAAUUUUCUACCCUUAAAAUCUGCAUGCCCAGGAGUAGUUGAUACUGCUUAGUAAAUGUUUGCAUUGGAUCAGUGCAGUAUGGGCAUUUUUGUAGAGGUGCAACAAGGCCUCGUAUAGUGAUUAGCGAAACACUCUGAGAAAUGUGUCCCACAUUUGCAGUAUUGUUGUGACCACAGCAUUUUGUGUGCCUUGAACUUGGUAAUGUUUUGGUCAGCCUGUGUAUUUGUUUGUUUGAAUUUUAAGAGCCUGAAUGAAAACUUCUACCUCCUCUUUCCAGUUGUAUAUCAUUCAUUUAAUGUAAAUCUGUUCAUAUAUUCUGUGUUUUUACCUUUUUUAGAUUUUCAUGUAGACCAGUGUUAGUAACUGAAAGUGAAUUUUGUUUAGGAAAUCAUUCUAACUUAAAAUAAAAAAAUCUAGAUGAUA